AUGGCAACCAGCUCACCGGAAGAAACUCCAAAGUCCUCAGCUCAGAGCUACCGACGUUUCAUCCAAGAACUCCAAGACGAAAAUAACCUGGUAGCCAUUGAUUCAGAGGUUGAUCCUCAUCUGGAGCUCGCAGCCAUCGUCCGCAACUUGUACGAAACCGAGGACAAGACACCACUCUCCAACAACGUCAAGGGCCGCGAAGAAAACGGCCUCUUUCGCAUCUUGGGCGCACCUGUUGGAGAAAUCAUCCACAAGAUCCGUGAGACCAAGAGGUUGCCCGAGGUUCCGCCUAAGGAGGUGCUUCAGGACCUGUGA